UACCCGUAAUCACGGUUUUGGAGUGCCAAAGUGAAAGCACGGGGCUCGGCCUAUUGCUUCCGGCCGCAGCGAGCCAGCGACGCCUGAGCUCAAGGGAGCAGUAGAUCGCCGGCAGCCGCGGCGGCGAGCUAGGGUUCCGGCAAGGCUACCGGAUGGCCUCCGAGGCGGCGCGGCGGCGGCAGGAGCUGGCGGCGCAGGGUCAGCGGCACCUGGAGGAGACCAUCGCCGCCGCGUUCCAGAUCCUCGUCUCUAUGAACGACGAGCUCUGCAACGCUGGCCUUUGGUCCUCCUCCUCAGUCUCCGCCGCGGCCGCGGCCGCCGCCGGACCCCAGCACCAGUAUUCCGCUACUCCGCCGCCGCCACACUCCGCGGACUCCGACGCCGCCGACGCAGGAGGCGUGCCCGGCCCCGGCGGGUCGCUCGACGAGGCGAGACACCGCUACAAGUCCGCCGUGGCGGCGCUCCGGGCGUCCAUCGCCGCUAUGUCAUUCUGCGCGCAGGACAUAGGAUCAACAGAAUUUGAAGCCGACAAUGCAGAGAUUGAGAGAUUAGAAGUGCGUGCAUCUGCUUUGAGAAAGGAAAUUGAAAGCAAAAACAAGCAUGUAAAGCUCCUCAUGGAUCAGCUCCGGGUGCUAAUAUCAGACAUAUCGAUGUGGCAGAGCCCUUGCUCAGUGUGAAAUGUCAGAGGAGAGACCUCCAGGACCAGGGGUGGGUACAUGUUCAAGGCUUUAUCGUGCAUGCUGAUUUGCUAACCUCUUGGAAGGGAAAACAGAAGGUACCUGAUUGGUUUGCACGAGAAGCAGGAUGUUUUGGAUUACGUUAUUGAUGCAGAUACAAAUGACGUGUCAUUGAUGCGGAUGCUGUUUUGGAUGUAACAGUAUAUAUGCAUAUCCUUUGCUGCUUCUAUGAAUUCUUCUUUUUUAGGGAAUUAUGAAUCUUCUUUUGAGACUAGAUGCUGUUUGUUUGUGGCAUUUUAAGGUGUGAUUUGAUCUUACGGUGAACUAAUUGUUGUAAAACAAUCGUACUCUGAGUCCAGAGAGAAAGGGGGACAAGAAGUUCAGUCCUUGUCUA